UUAAAGGUGAAAUGGCUUCAAUUAAAUUGAAAGGUUUAAUAGCCCAUACUCAUUAUAAAGAACAAAAACACGAAAUGGACAGAGAGCAAGAUUACCAAAGCCAAGACAAUAUUGGAGAAACUGACCCUGACAAAGCCAAAGGAGAAAAACCUGAAAUGGAAAAAGACCAAGAAUGA